AAAAUCUCUCUCUCUCUCUCUCUCUCUUUCUUUCUCAGGUCAUGGCGAAGCCUAGGAAGCAGAAGAGCGACGAGCAGAAGCAUUUGAAUUCCGGAGGGGUUGUGCUUCACCAGAAACUAUGCAUCUCAGUCGACAUGGAGAACAGUAGAGUUUACGGGCACACUGAAAUGAAAGUAGUUGUUCCAGAAAGUGGCGUCAUUGCUUUACAUGCAGACAACAUGAUAAUCAACAAAAUAACUGUCGACGGGAAAGAUGCUGAAUUUGAAUGCGUUCCUCAUUAUCAGUUUGCCGAUGAUGAGAGCAGUUGGUCCUCAGUAUCUUGCUCAAAGUCAGCUGCUGAUGCAGCAUGCUCAAGUUACAUUUCAUCUCUCAAUAGAGAAACUUCUCCGAAUCUGAUUAUUACAUGCUGUAAUAAAUCAAAAGAGCCACAAAGCAGUAUGGGACUAAAUGUUCCAGAGAAUAUUAUUCAAAGUUCAUGUGCAGAGCAGGUUGUUAAUGGUUGCAAUGAACAUUCUCAGGAUAAGGAUGUGAAAGUAAUUUGUAUAGAUUAUUGGUUAGAUCAGACAGAAACUGGAAUCCAUUUUGGGGAACGUCUUCUUCAUACUGAUAAUCAGAUUAGACGUGUCCAUUGCUGGUUCCCUUGCAUGUAUACAUUUUCACAGCAUUGCUUGUUUGACCUAGAGUUUACAGUUAGUUCUAAUUUCGUGGCUGUCAGUAAUGGUGAUUUACUUUAUCAGGUAUUGAGCAAUGAUGAUCCUCCUCGCAAAACAUUUAUCUAUAAGUUGAAUGUUCCUGUCAGUGCUGCAUGGAUAUCUUUGGCUGUUGCUCCUUUUGAAGUUCUUCCUGAUAAUCAUAUUGGCAUUGUAUCUCACAUGUGUCUAGCUUCAGAUUUACAAAAGCUUCAGAAUACAGUUGGCUUUUUCCAUAAUGCAUUUAGGCACUAUGAAGAUUACCUUUCCACUUCGUUUCCAUUUGGUUCGUACAAGCAAGUCUUUAUCCCACCUGAAAUAUCUAUUUCUUCUGUUAACAUGGGGGCUUCUAUGUGCCUCUUUAGCUCCAAACUCUUGUUUGAUGAGAAAGUUAUAGAUCAGACAAUUGAAACAAGAAUCAAACUUGCUUAUGCCCUUGCAAGGCAGUGGUUUGGCGUCUACAUAAUUGCGGAGGAGCCGAAUGAUGAAUGGUUAUUGGAAGGCCUAGCUGGUUUUCUUACCGACUCAUUCAUAAAAGGAUUUCUGGGAAAUAAUGAGGCAAGGUACCGGCGUUACAAGGAUAAUUGUGCUGUUUGUAAAGCUGAUACUUGUGGGGCAACUGCUUUGUACUCUGCUGCUGCUUGUAGUAAUUUGUAUGGAACUCAAACAAUUGGUGUAUAUGGAAGAAUUCGUUUGUGGAAAGCAGUAUCAGUGCUACAGAUGUUAGAGAAGCAAAUGGGUCCUGAUUCUUUUCGUAAGAUCCUCCAGGUCAUUGUUGAAAGGGCUCCAGAUCCGUGCCACCUCACAAGAGCUCUUAGUACAAAGGAGUUCAGGCAUCUGGCUAAUAAAGUUGGCAACCUUGAACGUCCAUUUCUUAAGGAUUUUUUUCCUCGCUGGAUAGAGUCUUGUGGAUGCCCCGUAUUAAGGAUGGGAUUCUCUUAUAACAAGAGGAGGAACAUGGUUGAAUUGGCUGUCCUUAGAGGCUGCACCGUGAAGGUUGGAUCUAAUGAAAACCAAGAUAGUGAUACUGGUUGGCCUGGAAUGAUGAGCAUUAGAAUUCAUGAGCUUGAUGGAAUGUAUGAUCACCCAAUUCUGCCUAUGGCUGGGGAAGCUUGCCAACUGCUAGAGAUACAGUGCCACUCUAAGCUAGCUGCUAAAAGAAUUCUGAAACCAAAGAAGGGUUCAAAAGCUGAUGGAUCUGAUGAUAAUACUGAUACUGUUCCUAGUCAAGAUAUGCGGACAAGUAUGGAUUCUCCAUUGUUAUGGAUCCGUGUGGACCCUGAGAUGGAAUUUCUGGCUGAUGUUCAUUUUCAUCAGCCCAUUCAUAUGUGGAUCAAUCAGUUAGAGAAAGAAAAAGAUGUGGUUGCUCAAGCACAGGCAAUUGAAGCGCUAAAAAAUCUACCAGAACAUUCGUUUGCAGUGGUUAAUGCUUUGAACAACUUCCUUAGCGACUCAAAGGCUUUUUGGAGGGUUAGAAUUGAUGCAGCAUAUGCAUUGGCACAUACAGCUUCCGAGGAAUCUGAUUGGGCCGGUUUAGUACAUUUAAUCAAGUUCUACAAGAGCAGAAGAUAUGAUGCUGAUAUUGGACUGCCAAGGCCUAAUGACUUUCAUGAUGUUCCAGAGUACUUUGUUCUUGAGGCCAUUCCACAUGCCGUAGCUUUGGUUAGAUCUGCAGACAAUAAAAGCCCAAGGGAAGCAGUUGAGUUUCUUUUGCAACUUUUGAAGUACAAUGAUAACAACGGGAAUCCCUAUUCAGAUGUUUAUUGGCUCAUCAGUUUGGUUCGCUCUAUUGGUGAACUUGAGUUUAGUCAGCUGAGUAUGUCCUUCCUGCCUUCUCUACUCAAAUGCAUUGAUCGACUUCUACAAUUUGACAGUCUCAUGCCUAGUUAUGAUGGAAUCCUUACAAUCAACUGCCUCCACACCUUAGUGCGAGUUGCAUUGAAGAUGUCAACCACAAUUCCUAUUGAUCAUGUUUUUGAGCUGAUAAAACCUUUUAGAAAUGUUAAGAGAUCAUCUUGGAAGAUUAGAAUUGAAGCAAAUAAAGCACUUCUAGAUCUGGAGUACUAUUGUAAAGGUCUUGAUGCUGCUAUCUGUUUGUUUACCAAGUUCAUGUUGGAAGAACCAUCUUUACCAGGACAAACAAAGUUGGCCGUCCAUUUGAUGCAGUUGUGUCAAAUAAACUCUGAAUCUGAAAAUGGUAAUGCUGUAUCUUGUGCCACUUUAGUUGCGCUUUUACGAUUGCUUGCAAGCAGAAAGGCCUUCAACAAUGUCUUCCUUCGACACCACUUGUUCUGCAUUAUACAAAUUGUUGCUGGGAGGGCACCAACACUUUAUGGCUUUACAAAGGUCAAAAUAAAUCAGGUAGCAGCUAUGGAGUCAAAUGGUGAGCAACCAGCUAGGUCUGCAUCGUUUAAGUUGAAGAUCACAAGGACUCAGGAAAUGCUUACUGAUACUCCAAACAAUUCGGUUGAUGCACCAUCCGUUCCAGGAGCAACCAAGGACGGUGAUACAGUUUCUAAUCGCAGUGAGGGGAGGAUGAAUAUUUUAAAGAUUAGAGUCAAACAGCCUGCAUCAUCUAGUAAAGCAGAUGGUAUUGAUCAAUUACCAGGGAAAUCUCGAGGAGCGCUAAAUGAAACUGAGUUGGGGCACAGCAGUUCUGUGUCUGUAGAUGCACCCCCCAUGAAGGGAGCUUUCGAUGUACCAUGUACCAGUAAUCAAAAUAUUGAGGAAGUAAGCUCUUCUUGUGACCAAGAAUCCCGGGUGACUGCCAGCAUUGUUUCCAGAAAAUUAGCAAACAAAGAUGAAGCUGGCAAGGACUUGCAGUGUACUGCUAAUACAAGUAAUACUCGUGGAGAAGGCUUGUCUCCAUCAUCGAGUAGAAAAGAUGAGGGUAUGUUCAUUCAGAGAAUCAGUGGUGAUCAAAAUGUGGCCAUAUCAAAGCCUGAAGACGUACCUGCAUUCACAGAUUAUCUCGAAGGAAAGAGAAAAAGAAAGAAAGAAAAGAAGGACAAGGGCAGUAGGAAAAAACAUGGGGAUAAAGAUGGUGGGGAUAAACACCGAUUUGAAGAUCCUGAGUAUUUGGAGCAGAAACGUCUGAAGAAGGAGAGAAAACAUAUGGUUAAAAUGGUUGCUCGAAUGCAAGAGGAUGAAUCAAGAACUUCUGCUAGUGAGUCGCUAGAUAACAGAAAGCUAUGCAAGUCAAGGGACUUGAACAAUUUGGAAGAAAGUGAUGUACAUGCUCCAAAUCCUACGAAAAGCGCAAGUGAUUCCUUGCAGAUUAGCAAGGGAACCAAAAUUAAGAUCAGGAUUAGAAAUCAAGGUGUAGGAAGCUAGGGAGAGUUUUGAAAAUGGUGUAUUCAAGGUAUGCGCAGGAGGAAUGAAUAAAUAUGCUACAGGAUUUUAAUGCGGACAUUUAAAGAAUGAGAAAAAUGCUUUUAUACCAAUAGGUUUUUUUUGUGUUGCAAGAGGAUUUAGCAGGACAAUGUGAUUGUUAUAUGGUUUUGGUGGAUACCAUAGUUGCAACUUGGCCAAGCGUUACUUCUGAGCAACUCUCUGACUGCCAACUGCUUCAUGCACGGAGUUUAUAAAGAUUGAUGUGGUCGAUCAAAGGCGAUACCGGAAUUAGAUAUGCACGCCAUCUUUCUAGUCUGCUCAGCUCUGCAGGCAAUGUUGCCAUGACUUUUAUUUUUUUCCCAACUAACCAUUUUUCCUUGGCUUUUGUACAGAAUAACAGAAAUUUAUUAGUUAGCAUAGUCACUUGCGCAUACUUGUAACAAGCUAGAUCUGCUUAUGUACAUUUCCAGGUUCUGGACUUGAUUAAGUUUUUUUUUCUUAAAGAACUUGAGCCACUGACCUCCUUAUUAGAGGAGAAAGGCAAACUUCAUCUUAUCGCUUAAUCAGUGGUGACUAUAUUAAAAUUAUGUAACAAAACGUUAGGAACUGCUGCUCUGUGCAUUUUAGUAAUUGGAGGAAAGAGCAUUCAGGUCUUU